AUGUAUAUGUUCAAAGAAAAAGAAAAUCAACGACCUGAAGGAACAUUGAAUACACCUUAUAUAUCAAAAAGUACAGCUCCUAGUGGUUCAUUACCAAAACGAUAUCGAAGUGUUUUUACUGAAGGUACACCAUUAACAUCAUUUGGUGUACGAAAUGAUGAUAAUCAACCACGGUCACAUUCUCCACCUAAUCAUAUUCCACCACAACUUCAUCAUCGACCACUUAAACCUGUCAAAGAGUUUCUUACUACACAUCCGCCAGUUGAUCAACAAAUAGAUGCUCGUCGGCAUUCAAAUUCUCAAACAAAUACUUAUACUCGAUCUCAAACAGAAGCAACCAUAAACAAUGUAAACGUUGCUUUGACGAAAUCAUUAAAUAGAUUACGUGCAGAACCAUUUAAUACAGCUAUAAGAAAUGGUCAUUCCACACCAUUGUAUGCUGAAUCAAUAUCUUCACAACCGAUGACCGCACGUAUAGUAUCUCAUAAAAGUACUGGUACAGUAACAGCAUCAAAUUUUCAUUAUCAACCAACCGGUGGUAUCAGAGGUUCUCUUCCAACUGAACUUAUGACAAGACGACCAAUAAGUUCAUUCACAUCAAAUAAAUCAUCGAACGGAAGUUCUCAGAGUCGAGUAUCCUCUAGAACUGGCCCACUUAUUGUACAACAGCCUACAACAUUCAUACAUAAUGAAAUAAAGCCAACUAAUAAUCGAAACAUAGAUGUAUCUACACCAUCACGUAUACCGGCUAAAAGUCUCGAUACUGAUUUACAUCAACCAGAUGAAUUAAAUUUUAAUAGUGAAACAAAUGAUGAACAUCCUGAAAAAUUCAGAAAAUCUAAAAAGGAAUCCAACCAACAACCAAUAAUAAGAGCUACAGUUCGUACUGAAUCACCAACAUUACGUAUGAGAAGUGCUGAUAAUCAACAUCGUUCAUUACCUGAAGUUAGUGUAAAUCCACAUAUUCAAAGUUCUGUACCAAAAAAUAACGAACAAAUAUCACAAACACAUGAACCAAUUCGAAAUGGUGAAAAAAGUACAAAUCACCAUCAUAUUCAAGUUGAACCAACUGGUACAUUUAAACGAAUAUCAUCACCAAAUCAACAUCAACAAAUUAUUAACGUUCAACCAAAUAUUACUGUUCUGCAUCGACGAUCAGCAUUACAAACUGAUUCAGCAACAAAUAUUCGUCAAACAUCGAAAGAUGAUCGAUUUAAUGAAGCUUAUAUAGAACGAGAUAAUAUUGGUGCACAAGUAUUGACUAUUGAAAAUACAAAUACGAACAUGAAUGAUGAUAGUAGAUCGACACUUAAACAAUAUACGAAUGAAAAAGAAAGACAUAAUAAUUCAAUCACACCACCAUCAUCACCCACAACUCAAGAAUUAAACAAUAUAUGGAGAAAACAAAGAAAUAAAUAUUCUACUACAUCUACGAGAGCAGCUUCAGGUGUUCGUCAGAACAUAAAACUUCAUCGACCAUCAUGCCGAUUAAAAAAUUAUGGAGAGGAAUCUGAUUCAGAAACCACUGCAACUGGAAUUCACAGUAAAGAUGACGGUAUGACACAUCAGCAUGGUGUUCCACCAAGUGAUCUUGGUAGUGAUGCAUGGUCGGAUUUAACAAGUGAAUUUAGUGAUACUAAAUUACGUAAACAUCCAGAUAUUCGAACAUCAACACCAAAUAUAACUCGACAUAGUUCAAGUAUAAGUUCAAAAGAAGUUGGUCAAAUACGAAAACAAUUAACUGAUCUUCAAAUAAUGUAUAAUGAUCUUCUUAAAUUACUUGAUAUUGAUAUUGAAUCGGUAAGAAGUAGUCUUAAAUCCAGUACUUCUUCUCAAGUUGAUCAUCAUGGUCGAAGACAUCGUUUUCGAAAAGUAAUGCCUGUUACAUCAAUGCGUCAAUCAACUCUAGAUAUGAUGGAAAUUAAUCAACGUUUUACACGACUUGAAUCAUCAUUAGUAACAUUAGCUGAAUCAAUUGCUAAAUUAUCAGCACAAAUUCAAAUGCAACGUGUUAUUAAAGAUGAUGUUAAUCAAUUACGUCAAGAAGUAGCUGAACUCCGUCAACAAUUAAAUCAAUGUAUUCGACAACAAUCUGCAACACAUAUUAGUACAAAUGGUAUAACAUUGUCAACGCCUCAUCAACCAUCACGUUUAAUCAAUGCAAAUGUUCAACGUGCAGCUACUGCUAAUAGUACAACUCCGUUAAAUAUUUCUACAUCUUAUAUGCCAUCAACAUCGACAAUACAUCGCUCAAGUUCAAUUAUUGAUCCACGACAAGCACGAAAAAUUGAACAAUUCUUUGGUACAGAAGCAAUGCUUCGUUAUUUUCUUAGUUUAUUAAAUUAUGAACAAUAUGCUCCUAUGCUUGAACAAGAAAAAAUUGGUAUUUAUGAGUUACCAUAUAUAAGCGAAAGAAAAUUACAAAGUCUUGGUAUACCAUAUGGACCUUGUACUCGUAUGAUUCAAGAAGCACAACAAUAUUUUAUUUCGUUAUUAACAUUAAGAUCGAGUGGAAUUGAUGUAUAA